AUGCAGACAGCUGAUCGCCAACCAGGAGAUCAGAAUGAUAGCAUCUGCUCCUGCCACUUUAAGGAUGGUAAGAAGGAGGGGGACCCUGCAUAUUUUGCAUGGAAUGAAGGAAAGGCCAUGGAUUUCUCUGAUCCUAAAUGUACAAAAAGGAGGAAAAAACUCAAAAGUGAGGAGUCCCUGUCAUCUUCACAGAUGGACCAGUUGCAGAUUCCACAAGCACCAAAAUGUCAAUAUCAAGAAAAAUUGAUAUCAGAGCACAACUACUCAGCAUCCUGCACAUUUAACUGUACUCAAGAAAUGCAGCGCCUCUCAACAGAAAUACAACUGGAAAAGGAAUUGCUUGCCCUAGUAAAAGGAAGCCAAUAUCAAUCCACGAUAUUAAAUACAACAAAGAGAAGGUACAUUUAA